AAAACACAAAUCCUUCUGUGCUAAUCUAAUUUUCCUUAUUCAUCAUAUCAUCAUAUUAUGAACUAAAGGAUAAAUAAAUCAUUACUCAGCAAAAAAAAAGAAAAAGGAAGGAUAAAUAAAUCAUCAUGUCUUUCAUUCAUUAUAAAAGCAGUGGGUGGGUGUUUGGUUUAGGGUUUCGCCCCCGCAGAGGUGCGAAGUGGAAACGUCAGUUUCUUUAUUUCCCAAUCCAUAGCUGCCGUCUUUCGCUCCGCCGCCGCCGCCAUCCCCACCGCUGCCUCGAUAAUAAAGGAAAACCAAAUUCCCGAAGAAGAUGGAGCAGCCGCCAAAACCCAUGAGCAGCAGCAGCACAUUUAUUGAGGACCAGAGGAUGAAGAAAGGGAAAAAGAGGCUCCCAACCCCACAGGAGCUGAUAUCCCACUAUGAGGCGCAGGGCAUGGACUCCCAGCAGGCUUCCAUCAAGGUCAUUGAGGACCUCCAGAGGAUGCUGUUCCGCGUUAGCAGCAGCAGCGGCUCCUUUAGGAAGGACAAGCUCCUCUUCCAGCAGGUUUCCCGCAAGAUGGACUCUGCCAUCAGCCGCCUCGCAAUCCUUGAGAUGAAGCUCGAUUCCAAGCCCAGUUAUCCUGCAGCCAUUGCCAUGGGGAUCGCCUCGGGUGCGGCUCUCAAGGGGAUUGAAAGCGUGUUGCCCCACGCGAUGAAUGCCUUUGGCCAGAUUUGGAGUGCUGUUGGAAGCAUCAACAAGCAACAGUAGCAGUAGCACCAUUUGUGUGUGUGUGUGUUUUUCUUUUUUCUUUUUGUAUAUCUCAGUUUUUAAUCCCAAUGGAAUUUGGAACUGAUUGUUUC